CACACUCACUUCAUGUCUGGGAAAUGCAAAGGGCACAGAUUUUUGGCAAGGGUGGCUCAGGCAUCCCUCUCGGAGGCUGAGGUGAUGCUGCUAAUUAUAAGCCAGGAGAGCAGAGCUGUAAGAGUCAGGGCGAAGGUAUGCCGGGCACGACGUCAGCGCUGCCUCUCCUCACGGAUGAGUAACAAGAAUGAGCUGGAACGGGCUGGAACGAGCUGAGCUCUUCUCCCGAGGGUGACAUAAUGUGCGGGACAAGGCCACGCCUCCAGCGAACGGGUAUAAAAACCUCGGACGGCAGCAGCGGAGCAGAACGCUUCCAAACCACUGGAAAAGGGACCGAAGCAGCAGCAGCAGCAGCAGCAGCAGCAGCAGCAGCAGCAGCAGCAGCGAUGCUUUGCCGGAUGCACCUCGCACCAUUCGCCUCCAGCUCCCUGGCCAGCCGGCUGGGCACAGUGAGGACCCUGUGGCCGCACGCAGAGACCAUCUUCACCGAGCUGCAGCAGGAGAUGGAGAAAGCUCGGGAGUUCAUGAGCAGCUUUGAGCAGCUCCUGAGCAAUCACGGAGCUAUCACCGCGGAGCACACCCCGAGCACCAGCAGCACGACCCUGACCCAGGGCUCUGGGGACGGCUUCUCUGUCUGCCAGGACGUGAAGAACUUUGCUCCCGAGCAGCUGUCGGUGAAGGUGGUGGGCAGGAAGGUGGUGCUGGUGGGGCAGAAGGAGACACAGAAUGUCGAUGAGAAGGGCUCCUUCUCCUACAAGUACGAGGUGCUGAAGCGGGAGUGGGACGUGCCCGAGGAGGUGGAUGCCGAAGCGCUGACCUGCUCCCUGUCCAAGGAUGGGCAGCUGCGCAUCGAGGCCCCCAAGCUGGCACUGCCGGCCGCUCCCGAGAGGAACGUGCCCAUCCAGGUCAGCCCUGCUGCCCCAAAGACCGGACCAGCUUCUGAGGACGGUGCCAACAACAAAGCCCAGGUGUAA